GCGUUUGCGAUAUCGCGCUUCCUACUGCUACAUCCGCAAAUUAUUUCGUUUGUUUUUAAUAGCAGUUGCGUUUUUCCGUGAAGUCAUUUUCUAUAAUUUUUAAUCGCCUUCUAACAAAAAACAAAUGAAACAGGAAUAAGUGCCGCCUUCGUUUUUUUUUUUGCAUUUAAAGAAAUUCAAUAUGAAUUUUGUAAUAAAUCAGAAACUAAAUGUUACGGGCUUAGUGGUAAUUUUCGCCAUGGUUUUCCAUAAAACUACACAGAGUCCUCUGGAGAGAGGUCCUGUCGAUCAACUUACACCGUUGUGGAGACAGUUUAAAAAAUCACUAAUGUUAUCAUUAGGAACACCUUUCAAUUCUGGAAGAAGUGCAAGGAUGGUAUUAGCACAAGGUAAAUUUCAGAAACAAAUUGACCACUCGGUUCCAUUUCCAUGCCCUUUGAAUAAUACCCGAAGUCAAAAAAGACCUGUAAGUGUCCAUGCCCUUCGGCCUGGAGAUAUUGACGUAAUAGGGGCAAUGGGAGACAGCUUAACUGCAGGAUUUGGUUUAACAGCUACAAAUUUGCUUUCACUCCUGAUAGAGAAUAGGGGGAUGUCAUUUAGUGGGGGGGGUCAAGGCACAUGGAGGAACUUUCUGACACUACCCAAUAUCCUGAAAGAAUUCAAUCCCAAUUUGUAUGGAUACGCCUUGGGGGCUUAUCUGUCGACUGAAGCAGGAUCAAGGCUUAAUGUUGCGGAAGGGUCUGCCAUAUCUGACAAUAUGCCAUACAUGGCGAAGGUAUUAGUCGAAAGGAUAAAAAGGGAUCGUAAUAUAAAUUUACAACAAGACUGGAAGAUGAUAACUCUAUUGAUCGGAGAUAACGAUUUCUGUUCAGAAUUAUGCUACAAAAGGAAUUUUCAAUCGGUCUUAAACAAGCACAAACAAGAUUUAUUAGAAGUCCUACGAACUCUACGUGAUAAUUUGCCAAGAACAUUCGUCAAUAUUUUGCCCCCUGUUAAUGUGGCAGUGUUAAAAUUCACUUAUACUCCCAGCAUAUGCGUCAUAACCCAUAGUGUAGAAUGCCCAUGCGUACAUGGAUUGGCCCAUAGGGCGUCCCAGAAGAAAUUUGCAAAUAUUAUUCGAAAAUGGCAAAAACUCGACGAAGAAAUAGUCAAUUUGGAUGAGUUUGACACCGAAGACUUCACAGUUGUAUACCAACCCUUUGUAAUUGAUGCCUCGCUUCCGAAGAAUGAGGAAGGCGAAACAGAUUUAACCGAAUUGUCAGAGGAUUGUUUUCAUCAAAGCCAAAAGGGAGCAGCAAGAACUGCUAAUAAUUUAUGGAAUAAUUUACUUGAACCGGUCGGAAAAAAGAGAACCAACGAAACAAGACUGUUUGAAAGAUUCCUUUGCCCGAGUGCUGAAAAUCCGUUUUUAUUCACAAGAAGAAACAGCAAACUCGCAAUUCAAUUACAUAAUUAUUAAAUAAUAAUAACGUUAUUAAAGAAAUGUUUUCUUAAUUCACCUACUUUAAAUAUGAUCUAUUAGACAGAUA